GCUCUGUUUUCUCUAACAUACGAAACGCAGGCAAAGCACGGGUCGCAAAAUGUAUAUGUGACCCGCAUUCUGUCAGCGUCUCGUGUCAGUUUACCUUCGUCGAAACCGUCCUCUGAUUCUGUCCCACUACCAGGCUCCUCGACACUCACAUUUCUGGCGCCAGCACUGAACAAUGCAUCGCUUGAGGGUGCGCCUCAUUUCACCAUCCACUCAGGCUACUACGUCUACAGGAGAAGUUUCUGUCCAGUCUGGCAAGAAAAAGAGAGGUCCGACAAACCCGAACAACCUUUUGAAGCCGAGUUCGGGAUUGACAACAGCACGCAACCUCUGUGGUACCGAAGGGCAAGCCCGACGCAAGACGGGCACUGUCGCAGAGUUCACAACACACUGCAAUAGCCUCACCGCCCAACAGAGCCCUACGCCACUUGCUCGAAGCUUGUCGACACUGCUAAGGCAAAUGUUGCCGAAUUCGCAGCUAGCGGUCCCAGCGCAUAACUCCCCUGCUCUCGUCUCGCUGAGUAGUAGUCUGACGUGGUCUGGCGUGAGCAAACGGGACCACUACCACGGCCUGCCACGAUCUUCCACGUCAAAUUUCCGCGGUCUGUGUUCAUAUUCGCUCAUUUUCUACAGUAGGGAUCGUGACUGGUGGUGAUCACCACAGCUCACGUUAUCUCACGCUCCGCCAACUGUAGGUUUUCAUUGGGAAUAUCGUUAAGGGCUUGAAUUUAGUGAACAUUCAUCGAUACAUCGUGCAACAUCGACUGAUCUGAUGUGCUUCAAAAUUUGAGACUACGAAGUUAAGGUAU